AAAACAUCAGUCAUAUAAACAAAUCAAUGUCUUUUCACUGCACACUCCAAGAAGCUUAACACAUUUGUUUGUCUUGCGGUGUUGUCUAUUCCUCACAGGCGUCAGAUAGUUCACUCUCUCGUUCACACGAAAUUUGCACAACCUUACCAAGCAUGGCCCAGACAUCCCUCGGAAACACUGACUAUGUGAGUAACAUGGAUGACUUCACGCUGUCCAAGGCCAUCGAUGAAUUGCGGGAAGAUCCCGUUGAUCGGCUGGCGGCGCUGCAGGCCUUUCGCGAGUGGAUAGGCAAACAGAAGGCCUGGCUUCAUACACCCACUGAUGCCAACUUUUUGAUGUCCUUUCUGCGCAUGCGCAAAUUUAGCCAAGUGAUGGCACGGAAAGCACUUGUAGACUAUUGGACAGCACGAAUGGAGCGUCCUGGUUGGUUCAAAGACGUAGACCCGGCUGGAGACCUCAUCCAAAAUGUGAUCGGCGAAGGAGCCCUUCUGGUUCUUCCCGGAAGAGACAGAGAAGGACGCACGGUUCUGUUUGGACGGCCAGGUAGAAUCAACACUUCAGGAAAAAACUACUCAGCUGACGAUACGUUUAAGGCCGCGUUUUCUGUGGCGGACUAUCUGUUACGAGACGAAAACGUCCAGGUUAAUGGAUUUGUGUCGGUGACGGACUUCACGGAUUUUAGUCUGCGUCAUAACAAUUUCAACGGGGCCGGAAAUACCCGACAAAAUGCCGCAAUUUGGUCAAAAGUAUACCCAAUCCGAGUUAAAGAAAUCCACCACUACAACAUGGGCAAGUUUGGAGAGUUAGCGUUUACGCUGGCUAGACCAUUUCUGCCCGAGAAGAUUCAGAAACGAAUAUUUAACCACAGUCACCUGAUGUCCUUGUACGAGUACAUUGACAAGUCUAUGUUACCUGACGAGUAUCUGCCAGACGACCACGAGGGUCCGAGCGCUGGAUCCACGGAGUCUCUUAUAGCAAAUUUACAGAGAGAGUUAUCCAAACCAAGCACGCGUGACUACAUACGGAUGUUGUCCAGUGGUGAAUACGGCAUCGUUAAGCAAUAUCAGCCCCCUGAAGAAGAGUACAUGACGUUCUAUAGGAAACUGGAGGGCUGAGACGCCCAAUCUCGAUCAUAACGACAUUAGUGGCGCCAUUGAAUAUAUAGGUGUCAUUCAUUGCAUUGUAAUGCAGAAGGAACAUUGGAAUGGUAACGUGCGCAUAUAGCCCGGAUUAUUAUGGAAGCAUCAGGUCAGUUCCAAGGUUACUCAAGUUAUGACUCGAUUUGGAAAUGAGCCCCGGAUCUACUUUUUCCGAAGCACGCGCUCUAACCAUCACGCCAUUUUGACCCGAAAGCCAUGUUCACACAUGUUGGUGGAACCGACUUUGCUGACUGUAAGUGUUGAAAUUACCAUAAGGAAUAAACUGGAUUCAGUGAACGCAAAAGAACGAUUGCUUCAUGAAGUAUAAUGCUAAAUGCCUGUGGAUAUUACUGUAGUCAAUGGCCUUAUGAAGAGAAGGCUGUUUUCAGUCUUUUCAGCAUAUACUUUUAUAUUAACUGGAUCUAUGGAACAGACAUGUAAAAUGAACGUAGAAGAACUUAUUUAUCAAAAUAAGGUUAAAAUAAAAAACGCUGGGCCAGUAUUCCUGUUUGAAAUAUGCAGAUAAAACACUGGUGUUUGUGUGAGGUGGGGAUUUCCGUGGAUUGUCAUAUUUAUGGGAUCUGUCUCUGUGGAAGUAUGUAUCAUGCAAAAUAUAGCAGAGCCUAUGAUAGAGGUGAAAAUCAUUUAAAUCUAAAUACAAGUCGUUUUUUCUUUUAUCUUAAAAAAUGUCCAGUCAAUAUGUAUAAA